GCGGAAUGCUUAUAAAAGCCGAACCUUGCUAGUUGGUGGGACGCAGUUUGAUUUCAAUAUUCGUUCGUAGAACUUAGCACAUAGCCUAAGCUUGGUUUCAAUUAUUUUGGAUUAAUAUACGAUACAUUUCCUGAAAGAUGUCUUUGGUUCCAAUGAUGUUCCGUGACUGGUGGGAUGAUUUUGAUUCGCCGCUGCGUUCGUCACGGUUACUGGAUCAACAUUUUGGCACAGGAUUGCGUGCCGAUGACUUAUUUUCGUCGCUUUCAACUCGCACCCCAGCUUCUCCAUUAUUACGAUCUGGGUACUAUCGCCCGUGGCGCAAUACUGCUCUCCAACGACAGGACUCUGGUUCGACUCUAAACAUAGAUAAAGACAAAUAUCAGAUCAUUCUGGACGUGCAGCAAUUUACGCCCGAAGAAAUUACAGUCAAAACCACUGAGAAGUACAUCGUUGUCGAAGGAAAGCACGAGGAAAAACAGGACGAGCAUGGAUACGUGUCCCGCCAUUUCACCCGUAGAUAUAUGUUGCCAAGUGGUCAUGACCCCAACGACAUCGUAUCAACACUCUCGUCCGACGGAGUACUGACCGUAACGGCACCGAAGAAGUCACUUCCAGCUUCAAAUCCAGAACGAAGUGUACCCAUCCAGCAGACUGGGCAACCGGCAAAGGAAAAACAGCAGCAGCAAUCGGAAGUGAAAAUUGAACAAGCACAGUAAAGGUAGCUGCUGGGGAGCGGCCAAAGUAAACAACAAAUACUUAAUUUAAUUGUAUCGAAAGUAUUAGCAGCUUUUUGUUUUAAUUUAGAUAGUCGUGCAUUUGAAUACAUUUUUUUUUCGAUUUUU